AAGCAUUAUAUCCCUGCCACCAAAUCAUUCCCAUUCAAGAACGUGCUUUGCAAACCAAACUUGUAUCAGCUUGCCUAGCUGAACCAUGUCAGCGUUACGUGGAGCAGUCCAUGCCAGAUGGAUCAUAGGGAAAGUCAUUGGGACCAAAAUGCGGAAGACUGCCAAAGUGAGGGUAACAAGGCUGGUGCUGGAUCCUUACUUACUAAAGUUCUAUAACAAGCGGAAAACAUAUUUUGCCCACGACCCUCAGCAGCAAUGCAUCGAGGGAGACAUUGUCCUUCUGAAAGCUUUGCCGGUGCGGAGGAGCAAGCAUGUGAAACAUGAACUGGCAGAAAUUGUGUACAAGGUUGGGAAAGUCAUUGAUCCCGUGACUGGGAAGCCCUGUGCGGGAUCCAAGCUCUUGGAAAGUGUAACAGAUUCAGAAAACCUCACCGAUAGAGACACCAGCUACCUUAGUGAAAAACUCCAAGAGCUAACUGUUUCCUCUUCAGAUAAAUGAAGGGGGAGGCGAGGCUUUGUAAGACGGGACUUUUCUUUCGUGUCUCUGUG